AUGGACUCCGCCAUCUCAUGGAACACCCUGCUGUCGCAAUGGCACUACCUCUUCGCCUACUUCUGCCCGCUCUUCAUGUUCGCCGUCUUCCUGAAUUCCCUCUCCAUCACGCGCUCCGUCGAAAUGUGCAAGCAGGUCGGCUUCCCGCCAAAGCGGCCGGUGGGGGCAGGAAGCUCCUCUCAAAAGCAGCAGCAGACGUCGCCUACCCGGCUGGACCCCUUCUUCUACCUCUUUGCGCAGCGCUGCUUCGGCAUUGGCCUCAUGCUCACUAUUCUGGAGGCGUGCGGCGAGUGGCGCGCCGUAAGCGUUAUGUUGGGGUGCAUGUGCGUGAACGGCGUGCGGGAUGGGUGGUUGGUGCUCACGGACGGGGAAGGGGGCGUGGGGAAGGCUUUCGCGGCGCAUUGGGGCAUUACUAUCGUAGGGGCGUGCUCUACUUGGAGGUUGUGGGCGGAGCAUUGGUGA